GAGGGACUCCUUCAGCAGAGAGGAGGUCUGAGUGACUGUGGGACUCCUUCAGCACAGAGGAGGUCUGAGUGACUGUGGGACUCCUUCAGCACAGAGGAGGUCUGAGUGACUGAGGGACUCCUGCCUCGGGAUGAAGCUCCUCACCUGAGACAUGAGUACAAGCAGUUACUCUUCUCCCACCAUGGUACCUAACAGCUCGGUGUUGGACUCCAUGCCAGCAGAGGGCGCUGCAGCCGGGCCUGGCGGGGAGGAGGGUCAGGCCGUGCUCCUCAGCAGGCCGUAUAAGUGCUCGGAGUGCGGGCGCUGCUUCUCCCAGCUGCCCGAGCUGGAGCUGCACGAGAUGUCCCACACGGCGGAACGGCCAUACCCCUGCCGGCUGUGCGGCAAGGCCUUCGCGCAGACCGCUGCCCUCACCAAGCACCAGCGCGUGCACACCGGCGAGAAGCCCUACAAGUGCCCGUCGUGCGAGAAGCGCUUUGCCCUGUCCUCUGGCCUGGUGCUGCACAAGCGCAUCCACACGGGUGAGCGGCCGCACAGCUGCCCGCUCUGCACCAAGACCUUCAUCUCCUCCUCACACCUGGCGCUGCACCUGCGCUCCCACACCGGCGAGAGGAAGUACAAGUGCAGCGUGUGUGGGAAGCUCUUCCUGCAGUCGUCCCACCUGGUGCGGCACAAGGCCAUCCACACGGGCGAGAAGCCCUUCAAGUGUCCGGAGUGCGGGAAGAGUUUCGGCCGGGCCUCGCACCUGAAGACGCACCGCCGGCUGCACACGGGCGAGAAGCCCUUCCAGUGCACGCAGUGCGAGAAGGCGUUCACGCAGAAGGCGGGGCUUAUCAUGCACCUGCGGCUGCACACGGGCGAGCGCCCCUUCAAAUGCGAGCGCUGCGGCAAGGCCUUCCGCUCCUCCGCCCACCUGCUGUCCCACCAGGCGCUGGAGGCCGGCGACCGCAGGUUCGGCUGCGACCGCUGCGACAAGAGCUUCAAGACGGCGUCGUCGCUGCGGCAGCACGAGAGGAUGCACGAGGGCAGCGAGCCGUUCCGCUGCGGCGUCUGCCUGCGCUCCUUCGCACGCUCCUCCUACCUGCAGCUGCACAUGCGCACGCACGGCGGCGAGCGCCCCUACCACUGCAUGGUCUGCAACAAGACCUACGCCAAGAUGGCCACCUUCGAGAGACACUGCCGCAGACACCAGCAGCAGAACGCCGAGCGGGACGGACAGCCCGAGGAGGGGGAGGAAGACGAGGAGGACGAGGAGGAUGAGGAAGACGAGGAGGAUGAGGAGGAGGAGGAGGGGGAAGAGGAAGACGUCAAACCGCCUGCACUGCCCUUUCCUCCCUCCGCACCCCCCUCGACGUCCUCCCAGGCCCCCCAGUCAGAGGUGAACACUCGCUCCAAAGCCAGGACCAAAGCCAACAGCAGCAGAGGGAAUGCAGACUGAAGGGCUUUCAGCCAGCGAAGCGGCGCUGGUGUCAGAGGGCAUGUGCAAGCGGUGCCACACUCACUGUCCAUGGCAGAGAUCAUUAAUUGUACAUAAAAUGGCCAAAUAUGUUAGUGGUGUGAAAGCCUUGCAGAGUCUCUGUCAGAAAGCAUGAAAAAAAAUUUGUAACAAUAUUGAAGGUGCUCAACUUUUUUCAUGGAUUUCAGGUGCAAUAAUGUUCAGUUUAAACCUUUUUAUUUCUCCUAAUGUAGUAACAUGCAGUGCUAGAUGUUCUGUUUGAAAUGAAAGGUACUGUUUUCUGAUUAGGUCAAGCUGUUGUCCAGUGAUGCUUCCUGCUGGUGACUCAGCAGUGCGGUUCUGAGAGGGUUUAGAGCACUGUAGGAUGUAGGAAUGGUCUGGGUAAAGUGUCAGAUUUUUUGGGAUUUUUGGUCAGAAGGUACUGUAUUCUGAGCGUCAGUCAUAAUCAAGGCCCUUUUAAAGAGUGAAGGCACACAAAACUGGACAACCUGAGGUCAGGGGUCACAGAAUGAACCUGAUGGACCAAUAGGAAGGCUGGAAGGACAUGCAGUGAUCUGCUCUGUGGGCCUAAUCUCAGUCCUGCAGAAUGCAGAGGGUGGAGUUUCAGUGCAAAUGCAUUUUAAAUUCCACAGAUAACCACCCAAAACGGUAAGAUACACGCUGUGACUGUAACACAGAGGGGUACCGUAAUGUUCCCAAAACCUGAACACGGGGCAGGGUGAUCCUAGCUGUCAGGUGACUCUCUUUGAAAUCACUCUUUGUGUGAUGGGUCAGGGCAACACUGCCACGUGGCAAGCAAUGUGGGCUUGUUCAGAAGUAGGCCUUUCAAUAGAGUGCAAUUACAAAUGUCCUUGCACCUUUUCUUAAUCAGUUAUUAAAUUCUGAAAAAUAGUUAACAGUAUAUUAGCAAAAAUGCAAUCAUCUUUUUUCCCAGACGCAGCUCUCUAUUUUUUCAGAAUGAGGGUGUCAUUGGGCUGCUUCCUGCACAGUUUGGGGGAGGGCUGGCAGUCCACUGCCCCUGGACUCCGCAGCAGCCCUGGUGUCCCCAUCCAGAGCACAAA